CGCUUCACUGCAUCCGCGACAUUAGUAGAGAGCGGAUUCGUGAUGAUAGGUUUAGAGUUGGAGGCCUAUUGAAUUGACUGUCGGAAGGAAACAUUGUUUAUUCGGACAUUGAGACACGAAUCCUGAUUGGUCCAAGCCUGUUAAUCCAACCAUGGCAAACCGGCACUCGGGUGCCGGCUACUCAGGCCAGCAAAGCGAGUACUAUGAGGAAGAAGACAGCUUAGAAGCCCAUUUCUCAGGCUCUCAUCAAGGUCAUGAAUUCCAGGUUUACGUAGAAGAUGAGGGUCCCCACGGGCAACCGGUCCGCCGAACGUACUCACACAGACUCGGUCCUCAUACACGCAUAGAGGAAGUACCGAUGGAUUAUGUUAAUGAUGGCUAUGAUUACGAAGAUGAUGAGCCAGAGCAUGUAAUGGUCGAGGUGGACAAUAGAGAGUAUGAAGAGGACGUAUCAAGUGAUGAGUACAACACGGAAAGUGAUGAUGAAAUCGCGGAGAGAGAGCUUACUGCUGCUUCCCUACAAGACCCCAACACUAUUCUGGACUUGCUACCAAGCAGACAGCUAGAUCGCAGUAUGGUACGUGUGCAGUCCAGUCACUCAUGGGUGCGCAACAGGAAAAGUGUCAAAAAUGGCUUCCAAACGAUUAGAGGUAAAAGAGGACAGGAGGUGACGGAGCAGGUGAUCGAGCGGAUGCUAAGCAACGAGGACAAGAUAGAUGGCACCAAAAAAGGAGAACUUUUCAGACGUGAGACAAUCAAAGGGUUAUCCAGCAGCAUUGAUUCCAAGAGGAAGAUCAGGUCAAGAGUUGAAGAGGAGUCAUUGAAAAAGAAGGAGGCAAAGGAAAAGUCUUUAAACUGUUUUACUCUGUGGUGGUAUUCCUUGUUGGUGAAAUGGGAUCACUUUAAGAGUAGUGUCAGCGACGUUUUCUACUCCCUGAAGUUAUGGAGGGGCUCACUGAAAAAAAUUGAGGGUAAUUUUGGCAGCGGUGUCGUGUCAUACUUCAUCCUUUUGCGAUGGCUACUGCUAUGGAAUAUCCCGGUGUUGGUUCUAAGUUUCAGCUUCAUCACAAUUCCUCAACUCAUCUACGAACCAAGUUCUAGUGUCAACAAUGAAACUUUUAAAGCUGAAAACAUCUUAACUGGAGAGGGGUGGUUGGAAGAGACAGAGUUGUACAUGGGAUACUACACAAACCAAACAAUAAGUGAUAAAUACGACAUGUCAUUAGCGUAUCUUUUGACGAGUGCCAGUUACUUCGCGGUGAUCCUUAUUGUCCUUGCGCAGGGAAUGUCUGCAGCCUAUCGAUCCUAUUUCACGAUAGGAGAUAGGAAGUACAAUUAUUACACUACCAAGGUGUUAUGCGGCUGGGACUACAAUCUCGUGUCGGCGAGCUCAGCACAACUUAAGCACAAGAGUAUCUUCUUAGAACUGGGGGAACAGUUGACCGUACAUCAUAAAAAAAAGAAGAGGUCAUUCGGAAAUAAAUGUGGAUUAUUCUGUCUACGCUUGGCUAUAAACAUUUUAGUGCUUGCACUUAUAGGCAGUGCUUGCUUUCUUAUCUAUUAUAUCUAUGAAGAUGAUGUUCUUGGACAGAUGGAUAGCAACAACGAACCAUCAUUGAUAACAAAAUUAGCAGUGCCUUUGCUGAUCAGCGGGUUCAACCUGAUUCUUCCAUAUAUGUUUAGCGUGCUUGGCUCACUUGAAGGUUACAGAAGUCCGAGAAUACAACUGUACAUUGCUUUAGGCAGGACUGUACUAAUGAAGGUGGCUGUACUGGUAACUUUAUUUUACUACUUGGUGACAUUGGUAGAGAAUGACAAGCAAAAUAUUGAUUGCUGGGAGACGUUUCUUGGUGCAGAGAUUUAUAAACUGGUAAUCAUUGACUUCAUUGUGCAGGCGCUGUCUACGUUCUUCCUCGAAUUUGUUAGAAAGAUAGGUAAAGAUUAUUUUUGCAGAAAUUUUGCUGCUCCAGAGUUUGAUAUUGCUCGUAAUACACUUGAGCUGAUCCAGGCCCAGACAUUUACAUGGAUUGGGAUGUACUAUGCACCACUUCUUAUGAUAAUUUGUAUUUUUAAGCUCUUUGUACUAUUUUAUGUAAAAAAGUUGAGUGUAUUAUACAAUUGUAAGCCGUCAUUGAAGCCAUGGAGACUUGGGCGUACAAGGACUGCCUUCAUGUUCGUUCUUCUAUCAAUGUAUCUAGUGUGUUUAGCUUGUGUCAGCUAUAUGUGUAUAUUUAAAAUAGGUAUGAACUUCUACUUUAUUUUGAUACCUCCAUCAGCAGACUGCAGCCCAUUCCGUGGCAAGGAGAGUACCUUCAAAGUAGUGAGUGGCAAGUUAGAAAGCGCUGCUGCCUUUACAACAAUUAUUGACAUCAUCACAGCCCCUGGAGUUGUUGCUGCCGGAAUAACUCUUCUGUCGUUAAUGGUAUAUUACUACAGAGCUGUGUUACAAGGCAGGAAAGAGAUGGUCAGACAACUUAAGCAGCAAAUUAUACUAGAGGGAAAAGACAAACGCUUUUUACUACAGAUGUACCAUAAUGCCACAAUGAAACAACAAGGAAAACAAGGCAAGCAGGAGGGCGCCAAUAGAAAAGGUCACCGCUCAAAAAAGAGAAAAGCCAUUGGUGUCAAAGGUCAAAUUGACCGACAAUGAAUGUAAGAUUCAAUUGGACACUACCUAAGUAUCACCUUUUUCAGUAUCUGAAUGCAUUUCUAAAGUGGCUUUCAGUAUUUUUUCACCAUAGAAUUAAUAUAUUUUUAAAUGACUAAUGAGAAUAUGUUAUUAUUAGGACCAGGAAUAUAUAUAUACAUGAACACAACAAACAUGCAAGUUUACAUUAUGUUUAUGCUGUCAUUUUGUGGGACCAUAGCAACAAAAACCUUCUUGCUGCAUUGGCUCUCAAACUGUGGUCACUACCCAAAAUUGGGUCACCAAAUAAUUUAGAGGAUUGCAAGAUUGUUUAGGAUUUAAAAAUUUAAUUUUUUUUUUAUCAUGCUGAAAUUGUCUGCAGUAAAGAGAGCAAAUUCUAAGUAUCAUUUAAACAUUUUACUUCAAUUUUUUACCAUAUUUAAGUAUCUGGUAUUUUAAACGCACCGGGAAUUGAAUCGCGGCAAAUUGCCUUCUGGACAAUUGUUUUCUCAACAAUUUUAUUAAAGUAUCUGUUAUUUUAACGCACCGGAAAGUGUUUCACGGCAAAUUCUUGACAAUUGUUUUCUCACUUACAUGGGGCAGCUACGCAGUGUAAUGAUUGCUGUGAAACACUGUAGCAACAAUGUAGCGAUUUUAUGGAAACUCGGUUUUAUAAAUAUCCUUUACAUUUAUUUUGAGUUAUAAUAAUUUAUGGGAAUUGCAAUGUUUAAUACAUAUUUUCUUUUUGCAUUCCAAUUUUCUACAAGUACUGUCACUGUAUCUUUCAUUUGAGUUUUUUUUUUCUUUACAUUGUCUUUUUUUCUGUAUUAAACAAGGCCACAGAUAUGUAUAUAUUUCAGUAUUAUUUUGAGGUGGUUUAGAGUUUAUCUUUGUAUAUACAGUAAGGU